CUCAUUCUUAAGAACCAUUCGGCAACUGACGCCGCCAUCUCUCGCGAACAUUCGGUUUUUCGAUAUUGUAAUUUUCGUGUGAGAGUGCGACCUUUUAUUCAAUUUAAACGCCCUCUCGGUAUUAAAGAAUAAUCAUUUUGCAUUCAAUGAAUUCUUAGUGGAUGGUCUCAAAUUCAUCCAAUUGAUUGUUUUGUGUCAGCAAUCCGUCAGAGUCUCAGCAAAGUGAUCAAAGCUACAUAACCGAUAUGGCUACUCGUCAAGAGGAGAUCCAAGUUAAGUUGGAGGGUAACGAACUGCAGUCGUAUCUGGAAACGUUCAACAAAGAAAUCGAGGGAAAUGACAGUCAAGCAGCCGCCGAAAAUGAAGACGACGAAGAAGUUCUGUCGGGUGAAGAGGAAGACGGCGAUCAAUAUUUCGUAGACAGCAGUGGAAAUUACUAUUUUCAAGGAAAAAACGAUAAAGUGCCGCGCUUGACGAAAAAUCCGAACCUCGUACAGGAUGACGACGAACCAGAAACUAAUGAAGGCCAAGAAGAAAGUGCUGAGGUCAGCUACGUUUUCAUAAUGGAUGAGAAUGAAGAAAAAAACGAGGAGGAGGACGAAGAAGGUCAAAAGGUCUACGAAUUCGAGGACGGCCAAGAAGAGCAGUCCAUAUUUGGUGGCCCAGAAGAUCGUCAUGUUCCGAAAAAGGUCGUUCGCACUGUGUCGAAAAAGGCAGGCGGUUCAAACCAAAAUCAAGUGCACUUUUGUACUUACUGCAACUACAGCAGCCCGAAAAGAUAUUUAUUGUCUCGUCAUAUGAAAUCGCAUUCCGAGGAACGACCGUUUAAGUGUCAAGUGUGUGAACGAGGAUUUAAAACGCAGGCUAGCUUGCAAAACCAUACUAACACGCAUACCGGAACUAAGCCUCACAGUUGUAAAUAUUGCUCGAGUUCGUUUACAACAUCGGGCGAACUAGUACGUCAUGUGCGCUAUCGACACACACACGAGAAGCCCCACAAGUGUACCGAAUGUGAUUAUGCCAGUGUUGAAUUGAGCAAAUUGAAACGCCACAUCCGAUGUCAUACGGGAGAACGCCCCUAUCAAUGCCCUCAUUGUACAUACGCGUCGCCAGACACAUUUAAACUGAAGAGACACUUACGGAUACAUACCGGCGAAAAACCGUACGAAUGUGAUGUGUGUCAUGCUCGAUUCACCCAAUCCAAUUCGUUGAAGGCCCACAAACUAAUCCACAGCGUCGGCGACAAGCCAGUCUUCAAUUGUGAAUUAUGUCCGACAACGUGUGGAAGAAAGACGGACCUUCGAAUUCAUGUGCAAAAACUGCACACGGCUGACAAACCGUUGAAAUGCAAACGGUGUGGAAACUUAUUCCCCGACAGGUACAGUUACAAGCUUCACAGUAAAACGCACGAAGGAGAAAAGUGUUACAAGUGUGAACUGUGUCCGUACGCAUCCAUAUCGGCUCGCCAUCUCGAAUCCCACAUGCUCAUUCACACCGAUCAAAAGCCAUUCAAUUGUGACUUAUGCGAGCAGUCGUUUAGACAAAAGCAAUUGCUCAAGCGUCACGUAAAUCUCUACCACAAUCCCGAUUACGUUCCACCAAAACCCAAGGAGAAGAAUCACAAAUGUCCAAACAGUCUAUGUACUCGAUCGUUCCGGCACAAAGGAAAUCUCAUUCGACAUAUGGCACUGCACGAUCCCGAUUCCAGUAUACGCGAAGAAGCCAUCGCAUUGAAAAUGGGCCGAAGGAAACGCAUUCAAAUCAUCGACGGCCAACAGGUCGAGAUCUACCAGUCGAACGACGAUUCCGAAGAGGAGGACGAAGAGGAUGAAGACGACGAACAGGAGGAAUAUCUCGAUGAAGUGAAACCGAAAGUGGAAGUCGACGGAAAGCGAAAGGAAAUGUAUGUUAAUGUGGGCGACAACGGACAACAGUAUGUUGUGUUGGAGGUACUGGAAAUGGGAGAUGGUGACGAGGACGGUAGACCGAAACAGGAAGUUGUUUAUGAAGAGGAAGAAGAAAUCGAGCAGAUCAACGAAGAGGAUCCAAUGAACGUUGAUACUGAUUUCAUCAUUGGAGAUGAAUUAACCGACGACUUAGAUGCAAUGGGCACAUCGGUGAACAAAUUCCGUGAACAGCCGCACAAAAUGCUAUCCGACGAUAAGGAUAUGUCCAAUUGUUUUGGAUUCGAUGACGAUGAUGACGACGAUGAAAUGGUUGUGGCAGAUGCCGACAACGAUGAUAAAAGGACAAUUCGUCUGUUGGACGAAUAUGUUAUAACUUAGGCAUUUUAUACCAUUACGUUACCUAUAUAGAAAUGCGCACUUAUUUUGUUAGGCCGUUAAAUUCUAUGAUUAAAAUGCUGCAGAAAAA